AUGAGAGGUUUAAUAUCGAAACGCAGUCUAAGGUUAUCCUUAGCAAAGAUCGCUAACCAGAAUAACCACGUACCGAACAUCGAAUGCGAUAAUACUUUGGCAGUGUCUGCGAGACAGGAAAGGCCAAGAGAUCCGCUUACUAUAGUGUACAUCAAUUCUGAGUUGUAUUUGCAGAAUACAGGUGCACGAUCGGCAGUAGCAAAGGUCAAUGAAGGGGCAAAGAUCUUAGUAGAUCUUUUUUAUCGCCUAUCAUUGUCGAGAAGAGCGCAGAUUAAACCUGCCUUUAACCUUUUGGCGAAGGCAACAGUAGAUGCUAUCCCGGCGGAUAGUUUGCUAUUCGGCACUUCGUUUAGCAAGGAAAUGAAGAAGGCGUCAGCCAUGGAGAAAUCUUCAAAGGAUAUCAUUAAGAUGCCUCUGGUAGUAUCCAAAAAGGUAUUGCAGCCAAUUAAACAACCAGAUCAAGUAGCUCCCUCUAAGGUGGGAAAUCUCGCGCCCCUGCACCGAGAACAAGACCAGCGAUAG